AUGCACACGUGCGACGAGGCGAGCGCCAGCUGGGGCCUCGACUGCGUCUGGCUCGAGGUCGCGCGCGGGCUGAACUGCCGGGGCUGCGACUGCGCCGUCGACGGCGUCCAGAGCGGCAACAUGUGGAGCAUGGAGAUCUACGACGCGACGUGCACCACCGCCCGGCCGCUCUGGGGCGCCGGCGACGUCCUGGUGGCGGAGGACAUCGGCGGCGCCAUCUUCCAGGACGGCCAGCCGGCGGUCUUCGCGAACGACGUCUGCAGCGACCUCUUCGACUGGAACGGGCGGCAGGUCUCGGUGCGCGGGCGCUGCUCGAACGGCGAGGUCUGGGCGCAGUGGUUCGACGGGGCGGGCUGCGACGCGGACGCGUUCUACGACGCGGAGGCCAACGACCGGCACUGGCUCGGCGGCGCGUCGUCGUGGAACGACGGGGAGUGCGUCGUCGUGGAGCUGCGGCGGCCGUCCACGCCGACGCUGAGCGAGGCCCUGCGUUUCGCGUGCGUCGCGACGCCGGCGCCGACCGUGUCGCCGACCCCCUCUCCUUCAAAGCCGCCGACGUCCCUGCCCACGCUCACGCCGACCUACUCGCCACGCCCUACGGUCCCGCCGACGUCGUCACCUUCCUCGCCGCCGUCGUCUCAGCCGUCGCCCCGGCCGACGCGCGUGCCGACCGCGGCGCCCAGCGCCGCACCGACGCCCUAUCCGACGACGUCGCUGCCAUCGUUGCUGCCAACAUCUCGGCCCACCGCCGUGCCCUCUCGGUUGCCGACCGCCGUGCCGACGGCGCCGCCGACGCCCGCUCCGUCCGGACUGCCGACGACGGCCGUACCGACUGGACUUCCAACGACACCGCCCCCGACGCCGCCGCCCUCAAGCGUACCGUCGCGCGUGCCUAGUUCCCUGCCGAGCGCCGUCCCGACGAAGCCGCCCUCGAGCGUGCCGACCGUUCCGCCGUCGCGCGCGCCGAGCCCCGGCCCCACGGUCACGUUCAUGCCCUCGAUACUACCGACACCACUACCAUCGCCCUCUCCUACGACGGCCGCGCCCACGAUGCUGCCGACGCCAUUGCCGUCGCCCGCUCCGACGACAGCCUCGCCGACGCCAGCGCCGUCUCCACUACCUUCGCCGGCGCCGACCAUUUCCCCCGGCCCGACGCCGGAACCCUCGACCUCGGCGCCGUCGCGCUUCCCCAGCGCGGCGCCGUCGGCCUCGCCGACCGUGCCGCGGCCGCGGCGCGAGGAGGUGCGCGCCGCGGCGUGGCGACCGCCGCUUUGGAGUUUUAUUGUGCUGGCGGUCCUCGUGGGUGCCGCGCUGAUGGGCCCCGGUGCGUGGUUCGCGCUGAAAAAGUACAAAGCGCGGCUGACCGACCGCAUCCGGAGCGACGUCGAGUCCAAGAUGCUGUCGCCUCCGGAACGGCCGCCGCGGGCCACGCCGCGCCGCGACUACGACUACGAAACCACUCGAAAUUUGCCGCUGCCGCUCGCGCCGACCGCACCGUCGACGUGGCACCCGCCGAUGCGGCCUCCGGGCUUCGACGCGUACAGCCGCGCGACGCGGUCUGCGGGCCCCUACGUCUACAGCCGUGCGCCGCCCGCCACGCCGCAUUCGUCCCGGUCCCGGCGCAGUCCCCUCGUGGCGCCCUACACGCCACCGUCGCGGCGCUCGGCAAAGGUCGCGCCGACGCCGACGUCCCCGCUCGAGGCCGAGCUCUCCGAGCUGCGGUCGCGCCUCGAGGCCGUCGAGGCGCCGAUCGUCGCCGAGGUCGCGGAGUUGCGUGCCCGCCUCGACUUCGUCGAGCGGUCGUCGCCGCACCACUCCCCCGACGCCGCCGAUCGAGUGCACCGCGCGGACGCGAGCGCCUACUCGUCGGCGUCGCGGACGCGCGCCUCGGGCGUGAACGCAGACCACGCCGGCGAGCGGGCCUGGCCGAUGAUCCCGCGGCGGCUCUUUGCCGACGAACCCGCGCCGGCGCGGCGAGAUCCGCUCGCGGCAUCGCCCGGUUCACGAGAGUCCUACGGCCCCGGGCGCCACCCGUCGCGGAGGCGGUCGAUGAACGACGAGGCCGCCGCCCCCUCGACGCCGCCCGCCGGCGACGAUAUGCGAGUGGAAGACUUGUGA